AUGACGACGAUGGCGUUAGUGGCGCAGCAGCAGCAAGAUCGUGCCAAUAUGGCUUCAUAUCUGUUUGAAAAGCACUUGAAUCAUCAAGAUGGUGUAGCUGGUACACUGAACAUUCGUUUAAUAAGUGCUCGUAAGCUACGUGCUGCCGUCUCUUCGAUGUUUUGGGUACAUACAUGCAAUCCCUACGUGAUCUUUCGUGUCGGUAAACAAAGCGUACGAAGUUCCACAAUUCCAACCAAUAACAAUCCAACAUGGCGUCGUGAGUUCCUCGAGGUGAAAUUGCCCAAGCUGGAUUUGAAGCGGCACCCAUUGGGUGAACACUCGGACGUGCGAUUGGAGCUCAUUCUGGACGUCAUGAAUGAAGACUCACUUACGGGAAAAGCUACGGAGGCAGUGGGUAUGAUCAAUGGCUCAGUCAUUGGGACAGCGGUCGUGGACUUUACGUCUUUGGUUGAAGGCAAGGAAGAUGUCAUGGACCAGUGGAUCCCUCUCAGUGGAACACUGCCUCUUGCUGGGUCUGGAGCCUCAAGUGGUAAGAAGAAGCAGCAUCCGGAAGCGGAGUUGAACUUAGGUGAAGUGCGUAUCGUGCUGCAGUACGAACCGCACGGCAUGGAACCACGUCUGAGUGAUGUGAUCAAGUUUGAAGGCUUUGGUUCGUACCCGUCGUCGGUCCUCGGUCCCAUCGAAGAUCUGGAGCUUCAUGUAAAGAAAACAAGUGGCAGCUAUUUAUUGUGUAGCUACACGACUCCAUCGGGCUAUGAAGCUGCACUACGCGUGCACCGCAACAACGUGUUUGUGGUGCAUCGUGGCAGUGUCUUCGACCGUUUCUACGAGUCGUGUGUGGUCGAGCCACUGGAGUUUAUGAUCAGUACACCAAUUGGCCAGUCUGCCAAGGAAGUUCUGCGGCCGUAUAUGAAUGUGGCUCGAGCGUUUAGCGGCCCGGCAUUGGUUGCAACGAAGGCAACUCUUAUGACGACAUACCGUGCGUCUAGUGCUGCUAUUGGAGCUGUGCUGGAGUCUUUGGACAAGUAA